UUGUAUUUUAAGUGAAAGAUUGUAUCAAAAUUCCGUAAAUUCGUUAAGUGACAAAUUAUAAAUGCCACGGUAUGUCGUUUUUUAAGGAGAAGGAUAUGAACUUUUGCGUCCGCCGCAUUGUGGCUACAGCCACGUCAGGCAACCCAAAAUAAUGCAUGGUAAUGAAUCACAACCCGGUGAGUGGCCAUGGAUGGUUGCGCUGGGUUAUGAAGACGAGACUCAUCCCUUGAGCUGGCGGUGCGGUGGGUCACUAAUCACGUCCAGGCACGUACUAACCGCUGCGCAUUGUGUAACUUUUACGACUCCAAGUUUAAAAUACGUUCGCCUUGGUGACAUCGACUUGACUUGUCCUGGAGAGAGGACGCAUGCUAUUACAAUCGCAGUGGAAAAGAAGAUAAAGCACCCGUGUUACAACCCCGUUGGAAAAUAUAUGAACGACAUAGCCGUCCUCAGACUAUCGGAAGACGUAACUUUUACAGAUUUGAUACGUCCAGUUUGCCUCCCUCUGGAUCAUUCCUUCCAGAAGCACAGUUUCGUUGGGAGUCAUACAUACGUCGUUGGCUGCGGGCGAACUACUCUCA